AUGUGUGACUGUAAGCUGAAGUGGCUGGUGGAGUGGAUGGUCCACACCAACGCCACCGUGGACCAGAUCUACUGUAAAGGCCCUGCCUCCCACCGAGACAAGAAGAUCAACGACCUUGUUCCUGCAUCCUUCGACUGCAUCACCACAGGUCAACCACCACUUUAAAUCGUCAUGAUGAUAUUAAAGGCAUAGUUCAGCAAAAAUAUGUUUUUAUAUAUUUGUUUCCUUACUUUCAAAACAGUCUAUAGAGGAAGAGAGACUGCAAUCCACACAUUGGUUUUGUUUGUUAAACUAGCCAUUGCCACCAACUACUAAACUGAAGCUGAAAUAGCCAGAUGUCAACCACUACAGUAUGUUUUUUAAUGUCUUCUAAUCUAUCAUUAUUGGCCAAUGGUGACUUAUGUGGCAUCCUUUGCAUUUUCCUGUAGAGUUUGCCUCCUACCAGUCAGAGAAGUCAGAGUCCAUAUCCGUGGAGGCGUUUGCAUUUGGGAAUGACCAGUAUGUGGUGUUUGCCCAGCCCUUCAUUGGAAAGUGCAGCUUCCUGGAAUGGGAUCACGUGGAGAUGAACUUCCGAAAUUACGAUGACAUUGACAGUAAGUAAAGGACUUUGUCGAUGUGAAAAAAAUAAAUUAUUCUGAUGCUGAAAGAAAUCGAUUCUUCUGAUGCAUCAAAACCAGUUGUUUUAUAACAGUAUUUGGAGAAGACUGUUUUCUCUCAUUUUUACCACGAUGGAGCCAUGCAUACAUAAAAGUAACACAUUUGCACUCUCUUUCUUACUCCCUUCUUCUGUCUCUCUCUAUCUCCCCCCUCCCUCACUCCCUCCCUCCCUCUAGGCACAUCCACAGUGAUCUGCAAGCCGUUGAUCAUUGACAAUCAGCUCUUCAUCAUCGUGGCCCAGCUCUUCGGCGGUUCGCACAUCUACAAGCGCGAUGUCUCCGCCAACAAGUUCAUCAAGAUCCAGGACAUCGACAUCGUGAAGAUUCGCAAGCCUAAUGACGUGGAGACAUUCCGCAUCGACGGUGAGUCCUUCUUCGUGAUUGCAGACAGUUCUAAGGCCGGUUCUACGACAGUGUAUAAGUGGAACGGAAAUGGGUUCUACUCGCACCAGUCCCUGCACCUGUGGUACCGUGACACUGACGUGGAGUACAUGGAGAUCUCGUCCAAGCCCCACCUGGUCCUCUCCAGCAGCUCGCAGCGCCCCGUUAUCUACCAAUGGAACAAGGGCACCAAGCUGUUCGACUGGCGCACAGACAUCCCAGAGAUGGAGGACGUGUAUGCUGUCAAGCACUUCCAGAUCGACGAGGAGCUCUUCAUCUGCCUGACGCGCUUCAUCGGCGACUCCAAGGUGAUGCGCUGGGAUGGUGCCCUGUUCCGCGAGAUGCAGACCAUGCCGUCGCGUGGCUCCAUGGUGUUCCAGCCGCUAACAGUGGGCAGAUGGCAGUACGCCGUGCUGGGCAGUGAUUUCUCGUUCACCCAGGUGUACUGCUGGGACACCAACAAGAGCCAGUUCGUCCACUUCCAGGAGCUCAACAUCCAGGCGCCCAGGGCCUUCUCUCCUCUGGCCAUUGACAACAGGCAGUUCCUGCUGGCCUCUAGCUUCAAAGGGAAGACCCAGAUCUAUGAGCACCUGAUCAUUGACCUGAGUAACUGAUUGGUUGAUUUAUUGGUUAUUUUGAUUGGUUGAUAUAUUGAUUGUUAGGUAGGUGAAGUUGAAAGAGGAGAUGGUGCUUCAAUAGAUUUUUGGGAAGAUCCUAACUUGAGGUCCAAGGGUGCAUUCAUGCAGAUCUUCCAUCAAUAUUAAUGAACUGUUUACGACGAAAGUCAGAGUUGCACUUGGGUGAGUCUCAAGUUAGGAUUGGGCCUUACAUUGUCAGACUACAUGCAUGACCAAGGCCUCAAGCAGGCUAUCUCAUCCUGAUGAAUGCAAUGCUUCAAAUGUCCAUAGUUUUGGGUUUUCCAUCAUCUAGCAUUGGUCAGUAGGUUUUUGUUUGUAACAGGAACAUAAUUAUGUGACUUAUCAGUGUAAAUACAUUUGCAAUCCCAUAUAUUUAUCUAGCGAGGAUAUAAUAAUAAACUAAAUGUACUUUUUAAUCUAUUUAUUAACCGGUUUAGAUUAAGACAAUCUGCCAAAUGAAAUGUUUACAUUUUUCUCUCUUUCCACUUGUAAGCUAAAUUAUUUGUAAAUUAAGCUUUUGUAAGUUUAAGAAGGACCACGAUCCCAGUUGGAUACAUAGGCCUAUUUGUUAAGGAGAUUGAUAUCGUUUGAAAAAUCGCGUUUGUGGUUGGGAAAAAUACAGAAUACAGUAAAUGUUGUGUGAGAAUCAAAAUGUCCUCACAACUUAUAUUUAAAGUAUUGGAAAAGUUACUAUUAACACUGUGUUGUUCAUAACAAUGUGUGGAAGAUCUUUGGGGCAUGUUUUCUAUUAUUUUCACACGCCUAAGAGGAAUUAUAUGAAAAACGAACAUGGGGAUAACUGUUAACUUUGACUAACACUUGUAUACAAACUGUAACACGUGUCAUCUUGAGGACAAGGAAAAAGACAAAAGUCAUGCUAUUUAGACUGAAUAAAAGCUUACAUC